CACAUUCUUGACUUCCGCAGAGUCACUAUAAGAUAUGAACCUUUUCACAUCUAAAUGUAAAAGACUUUCACUAAUAAGAUAUAAAUAAUGUAUCCUUCGUGGAGAAAUCAUGUUCCACAGCUUCGCGUUGUUGUUCCCCGGAAAGGUCACCGAGUCGGACACACAACACACUGCUAAUGUGGAGGAGAGCUUGUGUAAUGUCGCGUACUCUCGGAUGAUUUGCAGAUACUUUAAUUCCCUGGCCUCCUUUUAAUCCACAUACCUCGGAGAGCACAAGGAUUUAGCAUGUAUUCGUUGAUAAAUAAGAGUGUUUUAAAUGACGGUUGUAUUUGUCAGCUAUUAAGGACAUGCAUGAGCAGAGUGGCAGCGCUUCCCGAGGUACCCAGGCAUAGGAAUAUUUCCACUGGACGUGCGAAACCUGAACAUGCUUUGUCCAAAUCGCAAUACCAAUCGUCUUUAAGAUGUGCCAGGCAACUCUCGGGCAGACCAGGAGGAGCGAUGAACGUCUUUGACAGGACUAUGAAACGCAAACAGAAGAAGUGGGCAGCAUCGCUUCAAGACGGCGACCAGUACGAUUACCUGAGAGCAGAGAUUGGACUUAGAGUGGCAGACAGAGUUUACGACGUUGCAAGGACCUUUCCUUUGGCAUUAGAUGUUGGCUGUGGAAAAAGUUACAUUGCUGAGAAUUUGAGCAAGGAUGUAGUUGAACGGUUCUUCCUUACCGAUAUAUGUAGCAAGUCAUUGAGGCAGCAGAGGCCGAGUGAGAUGCCCAGCCACUGCGUCCUGGCCGAUGAGGAGUACCUGCCAUUUAAAGACAACACUUUUGAUCUGGUGGUCAGCAGUUUAAGCCUGCACUGGAUCAAUGACCUUCCUGGUGCUUUACGACAGAUCCAGCAGGUUCUGAAGCCUGACGGCGUGUUCAUCGGGGCGAUGGUCGGGGGGGAGACCCUGUACGAGCUGCGCUGCUCCCUGCAGUUGGCCGAGUUGGAGCGCGAGGGGGGGUUCGCUCCGCACAUCUCCCCCUACACGGCCGUCACCGACUUGGGCAACCUGAUGGGCCAAGCGGGCUUCAACAUGCUCACCGUGGACAUUGAUGAAAUCCAGGUCCACUUCCCAGGAAUGCUUGAGGUCAUGAAGGACUUGCAAGGAAUGGGAGAAAGCAACUGUGCGUGGAACAGGAAGCCGAUGAUCCAUAGAGACACCCUGUUAGCAGCGGCGGCUAUCUACAAGGAGAUGUAUGGGAAUGAGGACGGUACCGUCCCAGCCACCAUUGAGGUCCUUCACAUGAUUGGCUGGAAACCCCAUGAGUCUCAGGCCAAGCCUGCCAAGAGAGGCUCAGCUAACGUAUCAUUCGCAGACCUGUCCAAGAUUGGCACAAUUGCACCGGACCAAAAGUCAUAGUCAGCGUGUGCGUCAGAGUGUGUGUGUGUGUGUGUGUGUGUGUGUGUGUGUGUGGGUAAGGUAUUUUCUGUACAUUCAUUGGUAUAGAUACCAUGGAGGUUUAAAUGUACUCAAUGUAAUAUUAAACAAAAACCUGUACACUUGUAAAGAAAUUCAAAAUGUCAAUAAAUGCUCAAUGUAGUA